AUGACGGUCUUCCCGCUGGGCCUUCUGCUGGUCACACCCUUCACUCCAAACUUGUUGGCCAGCGAGUCAUGUCUCUCCAACAACUUUCUCGGAAACUACCAGGACGCAGGAAUAAUCUUCACCAUUCACGUUAUCCGCGAUGAUGAAUGCCUACAGGCCACGAAUUCGUGUCUCAAUUCAGCGCAUUGUGUGCCGGCCCCUGACCCGAGGGAACAGCUCGUCUGGCUAGAGAAAGCGGCCAUCGAUAAAACGCUCCAGGCACGCAUUCCCCAGAGUAAAUCGAUCCUCGAUGAGCUCUUGCAAUUUCUUCAACCACCAGUAAUACAAGAUGAGCCUAAACUCCAGAAGAUUAUAUCAUCUCAUGCGACAACUACUCCACCAUACAAUGUGCAUUACAGGACGGAUACGGCGGCUCUCAUUUCCCUAGACUCUGAGAAGGCUAAAGUCAUUGAUACCCUUCUCCCACCGUUUUGGAAAUCCAAGUUACUGCCCGCUGCACCAUCUCCCUAUCUCCCUAUCCCCACAUCCGCUAUCGAGACAGUGAAAAGUGUCCUCACCAGGCUUAAAUUUGACCCUGUGGUUGCGUCCAUCGUCAACAACAUUUCCGUCCCCCAAAUUCAGAAUGACAUUCGUUUCCUCACGGGCGAAGAUGUCAAGUCGGGGAUCGUCUCCAGACACUCGUUUUCCACCGGCGCAAUCACUGCGGCUAAUUGGCUCAAGGCACGCGUCGAAGACACAGGAGCUAUCUGCCGUCUGUCUCCAUUCUUGCCUGGUUUUGCGCCGAACGUUAUCUGUCGUUAUGAUGCUAUCAAAGACACGAAUGCCACCGUGUUGGUCAGCGGACACUAUGACAGCCGAGGAUCUUUUGGCAGCAUUCGGGCCCCAGGAGGAGAUGAUGACGGUUCUGGGACGACGGGCGUUUUGUCAAUUGCUCGUACAAUUGCCCGGAAAGGCGUUAAGUUUCAUACCAGCGUAGAAUUGGCUUUCUUUGCUGGCGAGGAGCAAGGCUUACUUGGUUCUAGGGCAUAUGCGCGUGAACUGAGAGAGGCUGGAGCCAACUUGACUUUGAUGGUUCAAGCCGACAUGACUGCCUAUCGUGCGCCGGGCGAACCUCUGCAACUCGGGCUUCCCGACAUAAUUGGCUCUCCUGAAGUCACCCAACUUGUUGCCAAUAUCUCUGCCAUUUAUAGCCCUGAAUUGACUAUCGGAUUUACGCCUGCUUGCUGCAGCGAUCAUCAGUCAUUCCAUGAGCAAGGCUUCCCCGCCACCCAAGUGUUUGAGCGUGCAGGACCUAUUGCCGAUCCCAUGUAUCACAACAGCGGCGACUUGAGCGAUAGGGAAGGGUUCGAUUUCCAACAGCUCUACGCAAUCGCGAAAGUCCAGUUCGCAACCAUUCUUCACACCGCUGGCUACGAGCUUUAG